GUUGGAAUCGCGCGACAAGACGGAAAUCGCUUCGAUAAAGCAGCGCGGUCUGUUAUACUCUGUACAGUACUGCCAUCUGCAGGGCGAAGUUUUAAAAUGUCUAGGUUGCUCCCUCUGUGGCUUUACCGGUUUUAACAUUUAUGGUCAUUUCACAACAGCUGGUUAAAAAGGUUGUCUUGCAAAAUAACUCAAGAUAACCGGAACACAAGCAGCCCCCCCUCCCCCUUCUCGACCUUGUGGUUUUCAUCCCGCCGGGAUGACGGACCCGGAGCUGGUGAAGAAGAUGCUGAGGGCUGUACUGCAGGCCAGCAAGAGCGGCGUGUCCCUGUCGCGCCUGCAGGCCGAGUACAAGUCCCUCACGGGGGAGUUCAUCCCCCACAAGCAGUUGGGCCACUCAUCCUUGGAUGGCUUCCUCAGCACCAUUCCCUCCGUGGUCAAGAUGGAGCGCAGCCGCAGUGGAGAGGUGAUAUGCUUUGCCGUCGUGUGCAAGGAGACGGCUCACGUAGCGCAGCUUGUGGCCCGCCAGCGCACCAACAAAAAGGCCGGGCGCCCCCAGCUUGUUAAUUGCCAGAUGAGGGUCAAACCUGCUGCACCCUUCAUGUUGAAUGCCAAGCCUAGGACGUCGCUCCGUCAGCCGGACCGCAUGGGCUGCACUGGGCGGGGCAUGAUGCACCCGUCCACAGGUGGACGUCCCGCGGGACAUGGAGAUUUCAGGCACCCUGAAGGGAAAGUCAUUGUGCCCCAGAACAAGGCAACGAGCGUGCCGAGCCGGAAACCCCCGAUCACCUGUGAGAAGUCGGACAAGAAGGUUACCCUGCCGUCAAGAUUUCAGAAGGAAGUGCAGGCUCAUUUGUCCAGAAACCCUCAGCAGAUUGGAGCUCCUGCGAACCUUAACGAGAUUGCCCCCCCUGUGAAGCCGAGACCGCCGCAGUCCAGCAGCUACAACCAGCAGCUGGUGCAGAACCGGCUGCAAGAGAUUCUCAGCAAGUACACCAAUGGAUUCUGGGUAUCGAAGCUGCCCCACAUGUACCGUGAACUAUACAAGCAGGAUUUCCCCACAGAAGCACUCCGAGACCUGGAGCUGUGGUCCCAUAUCUGCAUCGUGGAGAAAACAUGCAGCAGCAACCCAUCGGAGCUGCUGCUGUACCCUUCUGAAGAACUGAGCACGGCCAAGUCGUCUCCGGCCUCAACACCGUCCCCCCGGCAGUCUCCGCUCACACGCAAGCUGUCUGGCCCCACCCGUCCAACAGUGGUGUCACCAGCACCCUCCCCACCCUCAUCGCCCGCAGGGUUAUCCCCGGACGUCCAGGCGAAGCUAGAGGAGCUGCUGGCCAAGUACAACAGUGGCCUGUGGGCUCACGCCCUGCCUAAGCUGUUUCAGGACACAUACAAGACCAAGUUUCCGCAGAGAGUGUUGGAUGACCUGAGCCUGCUCGAGGACGUGUGCACAAUUGACUACCCGAUGCCGGACAACCCCAAGAAGGCCAUCCUGUACGCCCGCUCCGCUGAGGAUAAGAAUCGAAACCGUGUAGAGCAGAGAAAGCCACCAUCGCCUACCCCGGGGGAACCAGGCCGUCCACUCCAUAUGCCGGGCAUGGCCACACUACUCGUUCCCAAGGAGGAGUACCCAUCUGUGCUGGUGGUGGAGGCUGCGAGUACCAACAGCGUCGUCAUCAGGUACAUUGGUGAGGGCUACUCCCAAGCCCAGGAGACCCUGGAGGACCAGAUGCGGGAAUUCUACAGGCAGGACAACACCAAGAAGGUCCUGACAUCUCCAGUCGUUGGCCAGCUGGCCGCUGUUAAGGCCGAGGAGGAGGAGGAGAUCCUGCGGGCUCAAGUGUGGGAAGUCACAGCUGAUAAAGUGAAGGUCUAUUAUGUGGAUCACGGCUUUUCAGAGGUCAUUGGCAUCGGCAAGCUCCUGGAGCUUCAUGACAAAUUCUUCAAGCUGCCCUUCCAGGCAGCCAGAUGCAAAUUAGCAGGUCUGGAGCCAUUCAGCCAGGACCCUGCAGUGCUUAAGAAGUUUGAGAUCAUGGCCUGUGGAAAGAUCCUCCUGGCUGAGAUUGUGGAGAGGGAAGAGACUCCUCUGGUCGUGCUGUAUGAUACCUCCCAGGAUGACGACGUUAACAUCAACGCCACAUGCAUGAAAGCCCUGCAGGACAAAUCCCUGGAGAGUCCUUUACAGGUCAACAGUUCCCAUAGGAAUGCCUCUGUGACCAACGUGUGCUCUGAUGGGACCAUCUAUUGCCAACUGCCCUCACGAGGUCUGUCCAAGCUGGCGGAGGUGUUGGAGAAGACUGAGGCUUACUUUCACUCACAGGUCACAUCAGAGUUUCUCGUCUCAAAGCCUUUCUGUGGGAAGAUCUGCUUGGCCCGAUAUAAAGGAAGAUGGUCACGAGUGGAGAUCACCAACUUGCACGGCAGCCGGGUCCUGGAUAUCCACUUUGUGGACCUGGGCAUCCCUGCAUCUGUGGAGGUGAUCGAGCUCAGGGAGGUCCCGUCCCCUUUCCUGCGUGAACUCGUCGCCAUCCCUCCCCAGGCUGUGAAGUGCUGUCUCGCCGACUUGCCGGUGAAGGUGGGAUCCUGGACCCCAGACGCAGUGCUGCGGCUGAGAGAUGCCGUGCUCGGCUCCACGGAGUGCAGUGUGAAGAUUGCCAAGGUAGAUGAGAGCAAGCGGCUGGUCUAUGUCUAUCUAUACACAUCGAAGGAGGUCCAGGACGUAGAGCACAGCGUCAACCGCCAGAUAGCAGACACGGACCUGUGGAAACACCAGAAGGACGUGUUCCUGACAAGCCGCAGCCCCGGCAAGAGGCCUGGCUCUGCGGGAUCGUCUGCGGGAUCGUCUACGGAGGGCAAGAGCAGCCCCCUGCCUGAAAGCCCUCCUCCGGAGCAGGGUGACCUCCGCCAGGGCAGCCCGGCCUCACCCUUCCAGCUGCCCCCGCUGCUGGAGCUGCCCCCUGUGGGGCAAAACAUGGACGUGUACGUGACGGUGGCGUGCCACCCGGGCCACUUUGUGUUGCAGCCAUGGCGGGACCAGUACAAGCUGGUUGUGCUCAUGGGUGAGAUGAUUCUGUUUUACAACAAGAUGGAAGAGAGGCCCUUCAGGGUGGAGAAGAAUCAGAUAUGCGCCGCCAAGGUGGACAACAACUGGCACCGUGUGCUUGUGAAGGGUGUUCUUGCCAGUGGGCUUGCCUCCGUCUACGAGCUGGACUAUGGAAAGCAUGAGCUAGUGAGCUGUGCAAAACUGCAGCCUCUCAUCGAGGAGUUCCAGCAGCUGCCCUUCCAGGCCGUCACAGCUCAGCUUGCUGGAGUGAAGCCGCGGCAGUGGUCAGAGGAAGCCUCCAUUGUCUUUCGGAACCACGUGGAGAAGAAGCCGCUAGUGGCACAGAUCGAGGCGGUGCACGAGGCGCCCCAGCCCUGGGACAGGAAGAUCGCCGUGUAUCUAGUGGACACGUCCGAGGAAGAGAGAGACAUGUGGAUACAUGACAUUAUGUCUGAGUUUGCCAAAGAGCUGACCAAGGCAGCAUAGUGUGGCCCUGGUGUCGCAGGAGAGGUGUUUUCCCCAGGUGGUGGACUCUCAGUAGCACAGGACCUCAGCAAGCAUCUGCACUAAUUGGAAGCUCUCUUCUAAUGUGAUUCCUACUAAAUCCCAGGUGUGAAGCUCUUCAUGUGCUUACAAAGAAGUUUAGAGUUGGAAAGUUUAAAAUGUUUUUCCUGAUUUUUGCAAUAUGCAGAUUUUCUUGCAGGUUAACACAAUGAAGGUACUUUCCUUUUAGUUCUUGCACUGAGCGUUUUUUCUUUUUUCCCCUCUUGUUGUAACAUCUUUAAGAUGCAGUAGUUUUGUAUAACUUGAAUGUUUGGAAGAAAUGUUUAAGAUGCUGGG